AAGUAGUUUCCUACACGGACGUAUUUCACUGACAGCACCCAGGUGUCAUCAUACGAUGCUAGCUGUUAGCCUCUUUUACGUAAACUCUGUCAAAUAAGUUAACGAGUAAUUUAACUUCUGCCACCUCCGCUUAUCUGAGUGGGUGUUUGCUUCUCAAAAGACGUGUCCAGCUGCUUGCGAGCUGUCUUUGAAGCAGUGGUUUCGUUUGCUGCUCUGUUCUAAUCAUUAGCCAAGUGCUAACAACAGUGAUAGCAACCAACUUACAUGCGUCUGCCGUUGCUGUCAUUUCAAGUGGCAGCGGAUCAACAGGGAUCACUGACAGCCGUCCCCAGCAGACAUCAUGGAGCUCCAGGCGGUGUUGAUGGCGGCUGGUGGGGGUUCUCGUAUGACUGAUCUGACAUACAGCACCCCCAAACCAAUGCUGCCUGUCGGCAACAAGCCCCUCAUAUGGUACCCGCUGAACCUUUUGGAGAGGGUGGGAUUUGAAGAGGUGAUAGUGAUCACCACCAAAGAGGUCCAGAAGAUGAUGAGCACAGACCCUAAAAUUAAGUUGGAAGUGAAGAUGAAACUGGAUGUGGUUUGUAUCCAGGAAGAUGGAGAUAUGGGCACCGCAGAUGCUCUCAGACACAUCCAGCAGAAGAUAAAGACUGACAUCCUGGUGGUGAGUUGUGACCUGAUAACAGACGUGGCGCUUCACGAGGUGGUUGACCUGUUCAGAGCCCACAAUGCAACACUGGCCAUGCUAAUGAGCAAAGCCCAUGAAUUCACAGAGACAGUCCCUGGCCAAAAGGGCAAGAAAAAGACAGCUGAGCAGAGAGACUUUGUGGGAGUGGAUCAGUCAGGGAAGAGGCUGCUGUUCAUGGCCAAUGAGGCAGAUCUGGAGGACGGACUAUCAAUUAGGAAGUCUAUCAUGAGGAAACAUCCCAGGAUGCACAUCAAAACAGGCCUCGUGGACGCUCACCUCUACUGUCUGAAAAAAGCAGUGGUGGACUUUCUCACUGACAACAAGUCCAUCUCAUCAAUCCGUGGUGAGUUGGUACCAUAUUUGGUGCGAAAGCAGUUUUCCAAAACAACCAACUGUCAGAAAAUCAAAGAUGACGCAGAGGAUCAGAACCAGAAAAAGAAUGACGGCUCUACAAAUCAUGAGCUCCUCAUCUCAUCACGAGACGAGCCUCUCCUGCAGCUGGCCGAGGAGCGCUCAUGUUGGAACGACCACCGCGGUGACAUGAGCGAGGCUUACCACGGAGGAAAGCUCCGCUGCUAUGUUCACAUUAUGGACCAGGGUCUUUGUUACCGCGUCAACACUUUACCUGCUUACAUAGAAGCAAACCGACUGGCCCCAAAGCUGUUUGAGGAGCCAGCAGUCCACCCAUCUGCUGUCAUUUCUGACAGAUGUCAAAUGGGAUCAGACAGUAUCAUCGGAGCACUGUGCCAGGUAGCAGAUAAGACUUCCAUAAAGAGGUCCACCAUCGGAAACUCCACCACUGUAAAAGAGAAGGUCAAAGUCACCAACUCUGUCAUCAUGCACGGGGUUACCAUCGAGGAGGGGUGUAACAUCCAGGGCAGUGUGAUCUGCAGUAAUGCUGUCAUCGGCCGAGGAGCAGACCUCAAAUACUGUCUGGUGGGAAACGGACAAAGGAUCGAACCAGAGGCUGAGAGGACUAACGAGGUCAUCGUUGGAGAGGACCAGCUGAUGGAGAUCUAACUCUCAUGGGGAAGGAGCGACAUUGCCUCAUUAACCAAUCAGAGAGUAGAAAAACACGGAGGACAACUAAUUCACCGGCUUAAUGACCAAUCAAAAGCCUGCCAUGCUGCUUGACAGUUCUACACUCACUUCUCAUAGGCUUUUUUGUACAUUGUGUCCAAAUAAAGACAAGUGCUUAAACCCAUGAA